AUGACCCGCUGUGAGAACUCUGGCGCUGUGCCAUCACCUCCUUCGUUUUUGGCGACCUGGGGGCAGACUCCACAGUCGCGGACCAUGCCAGACCCUGCAAUACCUACUGCUUCCACGAGAGGAGCGACGAGCAAGGGGCCAAGGGCUGCCGCCUCCAAUGAGGCAUCCCCUACCCGUCUCCAGGCCUUCCACUGCUUUGCACGCACCUGGCACCGUCUCCGCUGGCAGCUCAUUGGCUUUAGUGAUUCGUACCGUCGUGCUUUAGCAUCCUCAGAAUCCGGGUUUACCUUGCAGGACGCAGAGCGUAAUUUUAAGCUGGAUUUUCACGGAUUUUACGCAUUGAUUGAGCAAGCUAUUGUCAAUUUGCUGCUUGUCUUUAGGAUCGCUCUGCCCAACCGACCACCCAGUACAAGCAGAGAGUUGAAUGAAUCAUCCACACUCGCCAACCUACUGAUGGCACUUGAUGAACAUAGUUCACUACGUGCGACACUGGGAACGGGAAAUGUGAGUCGGGCAUUGUGGACAGCCAACGAACUAGGAAAUAUAUGGAAGAACCCGGAAGAGACAGAGGGAAUUCCCUCAUUGAGGAUGUAUAACUUGCCGUGGGUCGUGGUGGGCAUAAUGAGGGGUUUAGAAGCUGCAUCCUCUCAAUUACGAAUCGGCCAUCUCAUCCCCGUUAAAAAGCUAAGUAACAUUGAGCCACCUCUUCAAAUACUCUCUUAUACGUCAGGACGGCAAGACUUAAGCAAUAAUCCUGACGCUCAAAAAUUGGCUUCCCGGUUAGAUGGGCUUCCAUUUGCUCUUGCAUCGGCAGGUGCCUAUUUGUCCGAGGCACCGAGCCUCAGUUUCGCUGACUACCUUGUUUGGUACAACAAAUCAUGGCUUCGUCUCCAGAAGCAAACCCCGCAGCUACUCUCUUACGAAGAUCAUGCACUGUAUUCUACGUGGGAACUCUCAUACAAUCAUGUUAAACAGCGAAAUGAAUUAUCGGCGAAGCUUCUUCAACUAUGGGCGUACUUUGACAAUCAGGAUAUUUGGCUUGAGCUCCUUCAGGAGGGUAGGAGAGACGGUCCGAAGUGGUUCUCAGAGUUGGUUGAAGACCGGCUUAGCUUCGAUGACGCAGUAAGGGUACUUUGUGGCCAUGCUCUAGUGGAAGCAGACAACACGCCUGGAUAUGAAGGUUCCGAAUCAAAAGGAUAUAACAUGCAUAGUUGCGUACAUUCGUGGACAAUCCAUGUAUUGAACCAAGAAUGGGACUUCGGACUAGCCAAGUUGGCUGUGCAGUGUGUAGGGUCCCAUUUGUCAUUGCGCCAGCAACCUCAAUACUGGAUUAUAGGACGACGCCUUAUUCGGCAUGCUAAUCGGUCUUUGUUUCUUGUCGACAUGACCUCACAUGAAGAUGUAUCCAUAUUCCGCUCGAUGUACUCUAUUGGAAAGCUCUACGCCUAUCAAGGUAAGCCAGGCGAAGCGGAGAAAAUGUACCAACGUGCCCUUGAUGGACAAAACAGCGUUUUGGGUUUUGACCACGAGUCUACACUUGAUACGGCCUUUGCCUUGGGCGCACUUUACGCAGAUCAGGGCAAGACUGAUGAGGCAGAGAAUAUAUACCGGCGAGUGCUUAAGGUGAGGGAGAAGACGUUCGGUCCUAGCGAUGGAUCAACGCUACAGACAGCGAACGAUUUAGGUCUACUCUACGCAUAUUUAGGCAGGCUAGACGAAGCAAAGGAAAUGUACACCAGGGUGCUUGAAGGAAGAGAGAAGACUCUGGGUCCUUAUAAUAAGUCGACACUCCAAACAGUACAAAUGUUGGGCCUGCUUUACAGAAAUCAAGGACGACUAAGCGAGUCCGAGGAAGUGUUACAAAGGGCUCUAGAGGGAUUCGAGACGCUUUGUGGAUCCGAUAACAUAACAACUCUUGAGAUAGCCAGCUCAUUGGGCCUCGUAUAUAUCUCCCAAGGCAAGCUAGACGAAGCAGAGAUGUUUUUGCAGCGAGCGCUGGAAGGAUUUGAGAAAUUAUUUGGCCCUGGUCACAAAUCAACACUUAACUCGGUGUACAACUUGGGCUUCCUCUAUCAACAUCAAUUUAAGGUAGUUGAGGCGGAGAAAUUGUACAUGAGGGUACUUGAAGGAAGAGAAAAUACACUCGGUCGUGAUCAUGCAUCAACGAUCGAGGCGUUCCAGAUGAUGGGCCUUUUUUUUACGGGCCAAGGUAGAUCAAAGGAGGCCGAGAAGAUGUAUCAGAAGGCCUUCGAAGGGCAAGAGAAGGCACUCGGUCGCGGUCACACCAAAGCGUCAGAGCUGGUCGACGACUUGAACCUCCUCUGCACCGACCAGGACAAGCCGGACGAAGGCGCGAAGAUGUACCAGUGGGUGCUGGAAGGAAGGAAAAAGAACAACCAGUGGGUGCUAGAAGGAGGGGAAGAGAAGAUAUUACCUGGCCAAGCGUCGACAUCUGAUACAGUUAAUACCAUGGGCAAUAUCUACUUCAGCCAAGAUAAACUGGGCGAAACAGAGAAUAUAUAUCGGCAGGCAGAGGAACAACUAGAGAAGUCGCUCGGCCCCAACAACAAAUGGACACUCUUUGCAGUCAAAAGCUUAGGCGAUUUCUAUGUUAGUCAUGGCAAGUUGGAUAAGGCGGAGAAUAAAUACUUGAAGGUGCUGGAUGGAAGUAACAAGGAGUAUGGUCCUAACCACACAUGGACACUCCAGAUGGUCUACUACCUAGGCAGCUUCUAUGCGACCAAUGGCAAGUUGGACAAGGCGGAGGAGAUGUACCUGAAAGCGCUGAGUGGCAGCAAGAAGGAGCAUGGUAUUGAUCACAUAUGGACAAUCCAGACGGUCAGCAGCCUCGGGCGACUCUACGUCAUUCAAGGCAAGAUCGGCGAAGCGGAGAAGGUGUACCAUCAGUCCUUAGAGAGAUUUAGGAAGACGUUGGGUCCUAAUCAUGCAUCAACACUCGAGACAAUCAAUAACUUGGGGAAUCUCUACGAAAAUCAUGGCCGUGGAGAUGAUGCAGAGAAAAUGUACGAACAGGUUCUGGAAGGGAUUGAAAAGGCGCUUGGGCCUGGCCACAUAUUAACUCUCCAGAUGGUCAGCAGCAUGGGCUACUUCUACAAUGGCCAACGGAAAUUAGACGAGGCAGAGAAGAUGUUUCAGCGGGCACUCAGCGGGAUGCAAAAGUUACUUGGAUCUGAUCACAUAUGGACACUGCAGACAAUCUGGCACAUGGCCAUGUUCUACGACUUGCAAAACAACCCGAACAGGGCAGAGAAGAUGUACAUGCAGGCUUUGGAAGGGGGUAAGAACGCUUUCGGAGAAGAUCACAUAUUGACAUUCUUUAUAGCCAUCUCAUUAGGUUGGUCCUACUCGCUCCGAGGCAAGGAAAACGAAGCAGUGGAGAUACUCCUGUCGGUACUAGAUAGAGAGGAGAAAGUGCUUGGCCCUUAUAAUGAGCUUACGGUUGAGACGAUCGACUCUUUAGGCCUUAUCUACAAAAGUCAGAAUAACGGAAGCAAAGCAGAUGAGAUGUUUCAGAGAGCCAUGAAAGGGAAGGAGAAGACAUUUGGUCCCGAUCACGAAUCAACACUCAAGUAUGUCUAUAAGCUGGGUUGUUUCUAUGUAUCCCAGCGCAAGCCGGACAAGGCAGAGGCAAUGUACCAGCGAGUACUAGAUGCCUUAGAGAGGGCAGAAAAAGUUGAAAAGGUGUCGAGAUCCAGAAUUAAAUUGGCGAUUCGAGCAGCCAAUAAACUGGGUGUCUUAUAUGCGGACCAGCGCAGGCUAGACGAGGCAGGGAAGCUAUACCGAACCGCACUACAACUUGGAGUCGAGAUGCUUGGACCUGACCAUAAAUUGAUGCUGCGGACAGCAACUAAUCUAGAAGGCUUACAUACGAGUCACCAGCCGUAUCGCUCCCUCUUGGUUAUAUUUCCUGGCGUUAUUGUUGUGCUUGCUCUUAUACUUUUCGCUUCAUCAUGA